AUGGCCUAUAUUGAAGAUGCAAAUUGCACCAGAAUUGAUCAUGUCAUUUUUGAAAUUUUAGAUUCAAGAACUGCCAUACAGCUAUACUUAUUUCCAUCGCUUGUGCCGCCGAAAGGACGUACAAAACUUCCAAAUAAAACCCAUUGGAAACCGUCAGUUGUAGAAUGCCGUGAAUCGCUCAUUCUUCACGUGAAAAUACCAGGUGAUAUUGCGGAAGCAAAAAAAAAAGAAUUGAUCUUAUGUAUGCGUUUCUAUAAAGAUAUUAAUGGGCUAAGAAAACAAUAUUCCUAUGAUCAUUCUAAUCCAGAAAAUAUAAGCAAAAAUCAAGGAGACAAUAAUGCUAAGGAUCGUGUUGAUGCCAAUGAUGGUUGUCUUAAAACUUGUAGUACGAGCCAGACAUCAGUUGAUAAUACAGGUGAUAAUGCUUAUGGGGAUAAACAUUUUAUAAAUAAUGCAGAUGAAUGUCAUAGUUUAAUUGUUGAAUUUGUAUCCAAACUAUAUAGUAAUCCUUCCUUUUCUAGAAACCUAGUUCAAUAUGUAAUUGAUAACACUAAAGAAUUAGUAGAUAGUAUUUUUACUUUACUAAAUAAAAAACUUGUACAUUUGCAGGAAUCUAACGAUAUUAAAGCAAGGUUAGAUACAAUAUUUGUUGAUAUAAAUCAGUCAUUUACAACAUUAAAAUCAGAAUUUUUAAGACUGAAAUAUUUUGAGGCCAAAGAUACCUAUAUACAUCCAGAACCAUUUUAUAUAGGCCAACGCUCUUACUUAACACACAUCGAUUCAGCUGGUGCGCCAGAUAUUUCUAUUAGAAAAGCAGAAGGGCAAAAAAUAUGCAUUACACAAAGAUUUAAAAAAUUUCUUGAAUUGCCUGGGGUUUACAGUACUAUUAUGAAAUAUAUAAAUGAUGAGACUUCUCAAGAGCAAAACAUUAUUUCAAGUAUUUAUCAGGGUAAUUUAUGGAAGGAAGUACAAAACAAAUUUCCACAGAAAAUAGUUUUUCCAAUACUUUUGUUUUUUGACGAUUUCGAGCCUUGUAAUCCUUUAGGUUCUAGAGCAGGAAUAUACAAAAUUGGUGCUGUAUAUGUUUAUUUAGCUUGCAUUCCACCUCAAUAUGCCUCAUUAUUAGAAAACAUUUUUUUAGGUCAAUUAUUUUUUUCUUCUGAUAGACUUGCUUAUGGAAAUUUCAAGGUGUUUAUUGAGCUAAUUGAUAAUCUUUUACAUCUAGAGAACGAAGGCAUUAUUAUAUGUACUGAAGAAGGAAACCAACAUGUUUAUUUUACUUUGUUAUUAAUUUUAGGGGAUAAUUUAGGGCUAAACUCGAUAUUAGGGUUUUCAGAAAGUUUUAAUUCCGAUUAUUUUUGCCGCCUAUGUAUAAUAAAUAAAAAUACAUCAAAGGUAGAAGUUAAUCAGGACAAUUUAAUUCCUCACACACUUGAGAAUUACGAAUUAGAUAGUAGUAUGUUAAGUCGUGGAGUUAAAGAAGUUUUUUUCCAAACUGAUUUAGGAAACCCAAUGCCUCAAAUAAAAGCUGAUCAAUUAAAGAAAAAUCACUUAAUUAUGUCUGCGUCAGAAAUGCUAUCGCUCUCGGCAUAUUUUGGUAUUCUUGUAGGUGAUUUAAUAAGAGAGGAUGAACCUGCAUGGAACUUUUACACUAUAAUCGAGAUGUUAGAAAUUUUACUCAGCUCAUCGUUUUCUCCUAAGCUUCUUGACUAUUUAGAACUUCUUCUUAAAGAACAUCAUACAUUGUUAUGUAAAUUAUUUAAUGAGCAUCUGCGACCUAAGUAUCAUUUACUUUUACACUAUCCAAGGUUAAUAAGAGAGGUGGAUCCACCUCGGCAUAUAUGGUGUAUGAGAUAUGAAGCAUAUCACAAACUUUUAAAGUCCACAGCUAAUGUAGUUACUUGUAAAAAGAAUCUUUUACUCACAUUAUUUAUAAAGGAUUCUCUUAGGUUUUCAUACAGGUUAACAAUUAAAAAAGGCUUCUCUGACGAUGUUGAAUUUGGUCCAACAAGUUCAAAUUUACAAGUUUUAAAUGAAAAUUGCAAUUUUAUUGAAAAUUUAAACGCAGGUGCGUUUACAGUGCCAUGGAUAAGAAUUAAUAAUGUAUUUUUAAAAAUUUGUUUUGCAUUACAAGUAUCUGAUAAUGAAGUAGUACCUGUUUUUGGUCAAAUAAAACAUAUUGUUUUGAACGAAGAUAAAGUUGUUUUAGUAUUAUCAGAAUUGCAGACAGUUGGUUUUAUUAAUAAAAUGCAGGCUUUUGAAAUACUUUUCAAUAGGAAUACUAAUCUUCAGAGCUAUUAUUAUAAAAAUCUUCCAAAUCUUUGUCCUUAUAAUAUUCAUUACAGUGGAGAUGGAAGAAUUGUAAUUUGCGUCAUAUAA